AUUGAAGCAUAGAUUCAUAAAAAUGAGUGUUAAUCUGAAAUUGGCUGUUAUAAUCGUUUUAUUCGUAAACACGGAUGCACAACGAAAAGCAGAAAGCAAAAUUUUAAAAUUCGAAAACAGCGUUAAAGAGGACGGAUACGAUUUCAAUUACAAAACCAGCGAUGGUAUCUCAAGACGAGAAAAUGGAUUUUUUAGCGAUAAAGAACGAGGAAUCUUAAAUGUAGCAGGAAUGUAUUCUUACAAAUUACCAAACGGAAUCCCCGUCACUGUAACGUUUCUAGCCAACGAAAACGGUUACAGACCCAUCGUUAGCAUUGGCAGAAAACACCCAGAAAAAACUUCAUUUAUAUCCAGUUCUGCUAUAGCUUCGCUUACUGGAGGAGGUUUAGGCAAAUGACUUAUGUGCUUCCAAAAAUAAGCUAAAAUAUAAACAAACAUACCGUUUCAAACGAUACGACUCUUAGCGGAGAGCAAUUAAUCUACAAUUCAGUCUAAUAUGAAAUUUUAAUUUUAUUACUAUUGACGCAAUAUGGUAGUACCGAGUAG